CGACAACAACACUGGAACACCUAUCCCUCGCCAUGACGACCCUCGCCCCUCGCUCGCCUUAUUCGCAGGCAGACCUUGAUGCCCUCUACCCGGCCAAUCUCCAGCUGCAGCUCGUCCAAGUGUUGCUCCGCCAUGGCGAACGAAGCCCUGUCUCUCCGCGCUUCCGCAAUGCAGGACUUCCCCCUCACUGGCCUUACUGCAACUCGGCGCGCCAAUUGACUAGCGUUAUCAUGAGCACAAAGGACUGGUCGCAAUGGGGCGAGCUGAAGUACCGGAGGAGGCUGGAGACUUUCGGCGCUGAUGACGGCCCUGUGGUGGCGUCAGGCCCUGGCGGAGAGUUUGAUGCCGUAUGUCAACCAGGCGAAUUGACCGACAAGGGCCGCGAGACAACUCUCGCCCUUGGCGAGCGCCUGCGGCACCUCUACGUCGACCAGCUCAAGUUCAUGCCCCGCUUGAUCUCCGACAGCGACAUGAUCUACCUCCGCGCGACGCCCAUUCCUCGAGCCCUCGAGUCCGUCCAGCAGACCUUCUUCGGCCUCUACCCACCCUCCGCGCGGACCGCCGAUUUCCCCAUGCCCACGAUCUUGACGCGGUCUCCUGCCGACGAGACACUGUACCCCAAUGACGGCAACUGCAGGCGGUUUGCUCAGCUGAGCCGGGCAUUUGCGGAGCGUACCGCUGACCGCUGGAACGACACUGAUGAGAUGGAGUACCUGAACAAGCUCCUCUCCAAGUGGAUGCCAGAGAGCUCUCCACGCGUGGCCGUAGACUCCCACCCCCGUCUCUCAGGCAUCAUGGACACCAUCAACAGCACCUUAGCCCAUGACAAGCCCACCCGCCUGCCCAAGGAGUUCUACGACCCCAAGGGCCGCAAGAUCAUCGAUAAGAUCGGCGUCGAGGAGUGGUACAGCGGCUAUCAGGAGUCCCGCGAAUACCGCAUGUUGGGAAUCGGCGGGCUGAUGGGCGACCUCACAUCACGCAUGACGGGCUCAGUCGAGCGCAACGGCAACGACGGGCUAGUCGAGAUCGGCGGCGAGAACGGCAACCUCGGCGGCGGGCGCGGUGGCGAGAAGAACAUCAAGUUCGCCCUGUCUGGGUGCCACGAUACGACUCUGGCGGGUGUGCUGGCCAGUUUGGGUGCCUUCGAGGGUGAGGCCUGGCCCCCCUACACCAGCCACAUCGCCUUCGAGCUCUUCCGUAAGACGAACCAGGGCGCUGUGGCCGCCCGCCCGCCGCAGCCAGAGCAACGGGCUGAGCCUAAGUCUCAAGGAUGGUUUGCUAGCUUGUUUGGUGGUGCUAAGAGCGCCGGUGUCUCUGCGCCUGAGAGCAUCGCGCGUAAGCGUCUCGAUCAGCUGACGGAGCAGCAGCGCGAGAGCCUUGAUGAGUACUUUGUUCGCGUUAGGUACAAUGAUCGCGUUGUGUCGGUGCCAGGAUGCAAGGCACCGGGCAAGCAUCUCGAGGGCGACGAGAGCAUUUGCACGCUGGCCGCGUUCAAAUCGAUUGUCGAUGCUUACACUCCUAAGAACUGGAAGCGCGCUUGCGCUUCGAAUCUUGACAAGCCGGCUUUUCCGGCCAAGCUAGAGCCGGCGGGAUAUGAGGAGUAAGGAAGUAGAUGAAUGGGUAAUUGAAGGUGGU